AUGUCCGGGAUAGACACCAUUGCAAACUCUGUCCCUGGACCUCCUUCAAGAGUGGCCACAAACAAUACGUCCCCUGUAAAGCCAGCCGCUGCCUCGCAUGCUUCUACAUUCCGUGAAGGGGAAGUGCGUAAGGGGAAGAAAAUCGGGCAUCGACGUGUGACCGAAGAGGGUACAGUUACCUAUAAAAAGAAACCCACCUCAGAGAUCCAGCGUGCAUUGCAACUUGGCAUACAACAUCACAUUGGCUCAAUUCAAAAGCAGGCUAUGCGUGAUGUAUUGUAUCGAGACUUCCAGACAAUCGAGACUGUUCAAUUUCCAGCUACAGGGACAAAAUCGACACCUGCGCAUUCCUUGUCCGACUUCCGUUUCCGCACCUACGCUCCUAUUGCUUUCCGGAACUUCCGAACCCGUUACAAGUUGGAUAUACGGGAUUUCCUCAACUCUAUAUGCAAUUGCGAACUCCGGGAAUUAUCCAAUCCAGGGGCCAGUGGAUCCAUAUUCUAUAUCACGCAAGAUGACGAGUUCAUCAUCAAAACGGUACAACAUCGUGAAGGAGAGUUUCUGCGUGCUCUGCUUCCCAGUUACUUCAUGAACCUGAUGCAGCAUCCUCCCACUCUUUUACCAAAGUUUCACGGGUUCUAUUGCUAUCAGACUUCUCGUAAAAAUAUUAGAUUCGUUGUUAUGAACAACCUAUUACCGUCGUCAGUGAAAAUUCAUGAGAAAUACGAUUUGAAGGGGUCAACUCACAAUCGAAGAGCAAGCGAAAAGGAGUUGGCUAAAAGUUCACCUACUUUGAAAGAUCUGGACUUCCGAGAAAGAAACCCGCAUGGCAUUUGGUUGGAAGCAGAGACGUACGAUGCGCUUAUCAAAACAAUCGAACAGGAUUGUCUGGUUUUGGAAUCGCUGCAAAUUAUGGACUAUUCACUUCUAUUGGGCAUACACAAUUUGGACAGAGCUAAACGUGAAAGAGUAGUACAUGAAAUGUCUACUUUGACACCCACCGGGCGCUCGUCUAAUUUGGCAACCGCUGCCGCUUCCGGUGGUGAUGCUUUUCCGCGUUCUGCAAAUCACGUGAGUCACUCCGGCAGUGACCUAAAUGGUGUCCAUUCGAAGGACCCACUUCUGCGAUUUUCCAGUCCGCAGAAUGUACGCAUCUCUUCGGUUGGGCCCUCUGCUGCCGGCCAGCGCGAAAGUGGUUAUCAUUAUUUCACCAACCAAGGUGCAGAUGGGGAAAGUCUUCCGCCAUCCAGCUCUUCUCCAAUCCCUCGAAUCGAUGCUCAGGCGCCAAAGAAUUUGAAUUUCCAACGCGCUGCUGCGAGGCUACGUUCUGGUAAGCGCUUGGCAGCGUAUUGUACGGCUAUGGAGUCUAUCGAAGCUAGUGCCAAACCCGUGGAAUUGGACAAAGAAGAACUCGAUCUUAUUCCCUCCGGUGGUAUUCCUGCUCGCAACAGUUCUGGAGACCGUUUGCUCCUGUUUGUCGGUGUCAUUGACAUACUUCAAAGUUACCGGUUAAUAAAGAGGUUAGAGCACGGCUUUAAAACCCUCGCUAUUGAUGGGGAAUCUGUCUCAGUGGCGCCACCAAACUUCUAUUCACAACGUUUUCAAGAUUUCUUGUCUCGCGUUGUGUUCAAACGAAUACAAUCUCCCAUGAAACAGUGCUCGUCGAAAAAGAAUCCCUUGUCCACACGACCACUCGGCAGUAUACGGCCCGCUGAUGAGUUAUUGCGAUUCCGUUUGCGUGCUUCCUUUGCGAUACGAAGUAGCCUAUCAUCCCACUCUCACUCCACUUUUCUUUCCUUGCGUCCACCAUCUUCACGACGGAUUCCGGAUGCGUCACACACAAUUGUCAACUAUUUCGACCGCCAGACACACAAACGCUUCCUCGUGUGCAUACCCGUCCAGCCCCGUACGGAGGCUGAGACGACAGUCGUCAGACCACACCCGACUCUUAGUUCAGCUGAACGAUUCUUUGUUCCGGUUGGAAGUCGAAUGGGACAGGGUGACGAAAGGGCGACGGAACCAAGCGCAGCGUUCCGCAUCGGCAGUGCAAGCCAGCUCACUGAGUGGGCCGACGUUUCACAUGGACACUCCCCCAUAUCAGUUGAAGUGGAUAGACGAAAAUUCAACAUCCGGCUCAUCGAGGCACAGCGGCGAGCUCGAUCGACCAUGUAUUUAAACCAGAAUCAGCCAGGGAGACUGUUACCAAGGCAUGUGUUGAAUCAAAUGGCACCGGAUUUCAGCCUAUCAUCGAGCCCGCUCCACACAGUCAGUAGUACAACCUCGGAAAGCGAUAUGGAUCGUUACUCCACUUUGCCUAAAUCAUGGACGUUAGACUUUACUGGGCGCAAAGCAAAUGGUGCUUCGUCGGUCGCAUCAAACGUUCCAAAGGUUGUUAACAUCGACAAAACUUAUCCAAUUCGAAAUUCCGAAACUCCUGCCUCCUCCCCAUUUUCACUUUCUGUUUCCGACACCGGUGACUCGAAACCGAUGAGUUAUCAGAAAGAUUUGAACCAAACUCAAAUAUUCCGUCGUUACAGAUUGCCUGGUCGCUUACCUGAGCUCCAAAACAAUAUGCCGUCGACAAAAUCGUCACCUGUUUUGACGCGUGUUCGCCAUGAGGCCGAUUCAGCCUCGUCAACAAUGGCCUCUCCUUCCAGAAACUCGAAAAUUUCAGAAGCCGUUUCAUUAGAAUACUUUAUGCACGAUGCCGUUUUUAGUUUUUUGGACAAAGCUUAUGAUCCCUAUGGCUUAGCCCGUAAAAAUCUUGCCGGAUCACUAAGUCACUCCUCAUCCUACGCGCGCGUGAACACUUUGUCGACGUGCUCUCCGCUCUCCUCUGGGCAAUUCUCCGCCUCCUCAGCCCGAUUUGGGUCUUCUCCCCGUAUCUCUGAUCAACGACGUCGAUUUCGUCAAACGCUCGUCCGCCCUUUUUUGCCGCCUAGUUAA